CGCGCUCGGCGGCGGCGGCGGAGGUGGUGGUGGUUGCGAGGCCGGCGGAGUUGAAGAAUGGAUUUGUUGGAGUUGAAGAGAUUUAUGGUUCUUCUGUGGAAGAAUUUUAUUUUAAAGCGCCGGCAGUGCACGGCUCUGGUUGCGGAGCUCAUCCUGACUGUCCUGUUCGUUGGCGUGCUUCUGUUAACACGCAGGUUUGCGGCUAUCACGAAGAGUGGGCCCUUCAAAUACUCUCGGCAGCCUGUUAAUCAGUUGCCUGUAUUCCUCAAAGAAGUCCCUUCUAGGGUGUGGGAAAUGGCUUUUGUGCCUUCCAAAAGUGUUGUGGUGAAGGAUAUCGUUGAAACUGUGAAAAGAGAUCUACACUACAAUUUUAAAGUUCAAGGCUUUCCUUCAGAAAGAGAUUUUGAAGAUUAUGUUAAGCAAGAGAAUAACUCUGAAAGAGUGAUGGUUGCUUUUGUUUUUGACCAUGAGUUCAAAAAUAGCCAUGAUCCUCUGCCACUUAAGGUAAAAUAUUAUUUGCGUUUUAGUAGUUCUCAGAGGAACAUGUAUAUGGAGAUUUUCGGACCUGAAAGCUGGGAAACAGAUACUCUUUUUCCAAAGUCUCCUUCCAUAGGACCCAGAAAUGAACGAGACCCAACUGGAGGGAGUCCUGGGUACAUCUCUGAAGGGUUCCUGCUUAUGCAGCAUGCCUUGGAUAAGGCCAUCAUGAAAUAUCAUAACCGCAAGGCCGCACAACAGUUGUUCAAAAAUGUUCAUGUAUUUGUUCAGAGAUUUCCAUACCCAGCAUAUUAUUAUGAUUUCUUCUAUAGCCUAUUUACUGUUUUCGCCCCUUUAGUAAUCUUAUUUAUCUUCAUUGUGAAUUAUCUUACCAUCAUUCAGUCUGUUGUGUGGGAAAAGGAAAACCGAUUAAAGGAGUACCAGCUCAUGAUAGGACUCAGCAAUUGGAUGCUCUGGGCUGCCUAUUUCUUCACGUUUCUCACUUUGUAUAUGGUUAUCAUCUCUUUGACAUGCCUACUUUUCUAUGUCAAGAUGGAACCUGUGCCGAUCAUCCAGUACAGUGACCCGUCUCUUGUUUUUGUCUUUUUGCUGUGUUUUGCCAUCUCCACAAUACUCUUCAGCUUUAUGGUCAGCACAUUUUUCAAUAAAGCACACUUGGCUAUAUCUCUUGGAGGCUUCAUUUACAUAAUCAGCUACUUUCCAGCUCCCAGGAUCUCUUCAAGUUACGCACAGAUGACACUCACCCAGAAGCUGGCUUUUUUCCUCAGCUCAAACGUUGCAAUGGCACUGGGAACCAAAUACCUUGUCAGGGCAGAAAUAGACAAAGUUGGAAUUAAAUGGAGUAACAUCUUCUCACCAAACACGGUGGAGAACUUUGUCUUUGCCUAUAUACUGGGAAUAUUUUUACUUGAUGCUGUCUUGUAUGGCCUUGUGGCUUGGUACAUAGAAGCCGUCUUUCCUGGAGAGUAUGGUGUGCCCAAGCCAUGGAACUUCUUUUUGCUGCACUCUUACUGGUUUGGGGAAAAACCAAAGAAAACAAAUGAAACAAAGCAAUUUUACGAGAAAAUUGAAACCAAGUAUUUUGAAGUUGAACCUACUGAUUUGGUGGCAGGUAUCCAGCUUCAACGUUUGUGCAAGGAAUUCCGAGUGCAGAACACUACCAAGAUAGCUGUAAAAGAUUUGUCUUUGAAUUUAUAUGAGGGACAGAUCACUGUUCUUCUAGGACAUAAUGGGGCAGGAAAAUCUACUACUUUAUCUAUUCUCUCAGGUCUCUAUCCUGCCACCAGUGGAGAGGCCUAUGUUAAUGGAUAUGCCAUCUCAAAACAGAUGGUCCAGAUCAGGAAAAGCUUGGGCCUGUGUCCCCAGCAGGACUUGUUGUUUAAUUACUUGACAGUAGCAGAACACCUUUAUUUCUAUUGUGUGAUAAAAGGAAUCCCUCGAAAGAUGCACCCUAAGGAAAUUGACCGUAUGCUGUCGGCUUUUAACCUUCUGGAAAAGCGAAAUGCAUUUUCAGUGUCACUGAGUGGAGGAAUGAAGCGCAGACUCUCCAUCAUUAUAGCACUUAUAGGUGACUCCAAGGUGGUGAUACUUGAUGAGCCCACAGCUGGCAUGGACCCCGCCUCGCGAAGGGCCACCUGGGACCUCCUUCAGCAGUAUAAACAGGGCCGGACCGUCUUACUGACCACCCACUACAUGGAUGAAGCUGACGUCCUGGGCGACCGCAUUGCCAUCAUGGUGAAGGGAUCCUUGCGAUGCUGUGGCUCUUCAUUUUUCCUCAAAGAAAUAUAUGGUGUGGGAUACCACAUAGUCAUAGUGAAGGAACCUCACUGUAAUGUUGAAGAAAUCUCCAAAUUGAUAUAUUAUCAUAUACCAUCAGCCACUUUGGAGAAGAAUGUUAUGAAUGAAUUAUCUUUUAUUCUACCCAAAGACUACACACACAGGUUUGAAGCUCUGUUUACUGAUCUGGAAAGGAGACAGACAGAGCUGGGCAUUGCUAGCUUUGGUGCCUCUAUCACUACCAUUGAAGAAGUCUUCUUUAGGGUCAAUAAUAUGGAAGAGUCACAAACAGACAUUGUAUCUACCCAACCUCAGCCUCUCUCUCAGAUGAGUGAAGUGUCAGUCAAGGACCAGAAUAGGAAUAUGUCAAGAAAUGAGGGAGCAGAUUCGUCCACUGUGAAUGAAAGACCUGCUGUUAUGUUUAAUACUGGGUGUUCCCUCUACCACCAGCAGUUCCGUGCCAUGUUCAUAAAGAGGGCAAUAUUCAAUUGGCGCAACUGGAAACUCAUUUUGCUGCAGAUACUGGCACUUCUAGGAUCACUUACCCUUCUCUCAGAGAGUGUUAGGUUUACACGUAGUAAUGAUGAUGAGAAGUCCAGACUAAUGAGUUUGAGUCAAUAUGGUCAAACCAUUGUGCCUUUAUCAAUUUCUGGGAAUUCUAAUUUGACUCUGAUUUUCUUAAAACAUCUUAAAAGUAUGCUAGAGCCCGACAACCACACACUUAAGGAAGUACAAGGUGACCUACUAAAAUAUUUGAUGGAAAAUGAAGAUUGUAUUCACUUAUGCAUUGUUGCAUUUUCCAUUGAGGUGAAGAAAGAUAAGAUAACAUUUACUGGUCUGUUCAACAAUCAAGCAUACCAUUCACCAUCCCUGUCCCUGGCAAUGAUAGACAAUAUUCUUUUCAUGUCAACUUCCGGCCCCGAUGCUUCCAUAACAGUCAUCAAUAAACCUCAGCCAACCUCUGCUUAUAAAUACAGCACAAAGUUUUCAGAAGGAGAGAAGGUGGCCAUAAAUAUACAUUUUGGGAUGGCACUUUUGGUCAGUGGCUUUUGUCUCCUGACAGUGACUGAGAGAAUCACUAAGGCAAAGCACAUCCAGUUUAUGAGUGGGGUCUAUGCCCUUGCAUACUGGCUUUCUGCUCUGCUGUGGGAUCUCAUAAUCUUCUUCGUUGCCUGCUGCCUACUGCUGGGCGUGUUCAAGUUCUGCCAAUUGGACGUGUAUCUCACAGACUACCACUUCCUGGACACAAUGCUGAUCUUCAUGCUGUUUGGCUGGAGUGCCAUCCCCCUCAUAUAUCUGCUGAGCUUCCUGUUUUCUAAAAGUACUUCUGCCUACAUCAAACUUGUGGUGUUCGGCUACCUUUCAGGCAUUUUCAGUCUCCUCAUAGAUGCCACAUUUCAGUUUGAAAUUGAACAUAUGGUAUCAAAUUCCACCAAAACCUUCAUACUGAGAUCGUUACUGCUUCUUCCCAAUUACAACCUGGCCAAGUGCAUCAUUAACUAUUUUGCUUUCUACGACAUGAAAAAAUGGUGCUCCAUGAAACAUGCUCCUGCCUUCUUAAACUGUGACGAAGAAAAUGCUUCAAAGACUGUUUAUUCUUUGGAAGAAAAACGGAUUGGACUAUAUAUGGUUAUGAUGAGUACCAUAGGCUUUGUUUACCUUCUCUUGGUUAUCUUUUGGGACACAGCUUUGUGGAAACUAGGAGCAUUUCUCAAUCGAUACAUUUACUUUGGUAUCUAUAAGACAUACCAGAAGGGGAAAGUGUCCAAGGAGUUAUCUGGAGAAUGUAAAGAUGAAGAUGUAGAAAAUGAAAGGAAGAGGAUCCUGGGGCAGCCACAAGAGCUGCUGGAUUCUUCGGUGCUUAUUAAGGAGCUCAUAAAGGUAUAUUUUAAGUGUCCAGUCAUUCUGGCUGUGAAAAAUAUCUCCAUUACAAUCCAAAAGGGGGAGUGCUUUGGAUUGCUUGGACUCAAUGGAGCUGGAAAAACUACUACCUUCCAAAUUUUGACUGGAGAAGAGAAUGCUACCUCUGGGCAUGUGUUCAUUGAUGGCUUUAGCAUCACUAACAAUAUCCAAAAGGUGAAGUCAAGAGUUGGCUAUUGUCCUCAGUCUGAUGCCUUGCUGGAAUAUAUGACUGGUCAGGAAAUAAUGAUCAUGUAUGCCAGAUUAUGGGGAAUCUCGGAGUCCCAGAUUCAGCUGUAUGUGAGCAAAUGGUUGACUUCACUGCAACUGGAGUCCCACGCUGACAGGAUUAUCAGAACCUAUAGUGGAGGAAACAAACGUAGGCUGAGUACUGCUAUUGCCCUGAUGGGAAAACCCACAGUCAUUUUGCUGGACGAGCCAUCAACUGGAAUGGACCCAGUAGCCCGACGUCUGCUCUGGGAUGCUUUGAUACAAGCACGUGAAAGUGGAAAAACCAUUAUUAUAACUUCCCACAGAAUGGAGGAAUGUGAUGCCUUCUGUACCAGGCUGGCCAUCAUGGUGAAGGGAAAGUUUGUGUGUCUGGGCAGCCCUCAGCAUCUCAAGAACAAGUUUGGCAAUGUUUACAUCCUAAAGGUCAAGGUCAAGACUGAUACACAAAAGGAUAAAUUAAAUGAUUUUAAAAAUUUCAUCACAAUGACAUUCCCAGGUAGUGAAUUAAAGCAGGAGAACCAAGGGAUCCUUAACUACUACAUUCCCAGCAAGGACAAUAGCUGGUCAAAGGUGUUUGGUAUUUUGGAGGAAGCGAAAGAGCAAUUCAAUUUAGAAGAUUAUUCUGUCAGUCAGAUAACACUGGAACAAGUCUUCCUGACCUUUGCUAACCUAGAGAACAAUGGACUUGAUGACCACAAGGAGGUGCCCUGAGAUUCAGUUCCAACUCGAGGCCUGUGUCUUCUUAGGCCACUCUCUGCACACCUGGCUACGCAGAGGGGCGUUCCUGUGCGUGUGUAUGUGUUGGUGUAAAUAUGCUUAUGUAAUAAAGAGUCCCCCAAAGGACCAUA